GGCUCGAACCUAUGACUUAUACGUCAUACGAAGACAAUUUUACCGUUACCUCAAAUUAUAAUAUAUAAAAUUAUAUAUAGUAAAAUAAGCAGUAACGACAAAUUAGUAUGACCAAUACAUAUUCUAAAAUCUACACUCAUUCUAGAUACGUAGUUCACAGUCUAUAAAGCUACAAUUGUAAACCCUAGCAUUUCCUCCUCUUUAUUCUCUUAUUCUUAUUCCUAUAUAUCCGCAUUCUUUUAUCUUCACUUUUCUUUGUUUUCAACUUCUUCAUGUGUUUUCCUUUCAGUAGUAAUUACUACAAAGUUAGAGCUCCUAAUUAGCUACUGUGUGUGAAUAUAAUCAUAGCUUUUCUUGAAGAAAUUCAUAAAAAAAGAAAAUUAAGGUAGCAAAAGUGGAUCCAAUAAAUGGAAAGAGGCCCUUUUCAUCCAUUGAAUCGAAGGAGCAAAAAGAUGAGAUAUUUCCUAAUAUGUACUCAGCAGCUCGAUCUCAGCAAGACAUGUCUACUAUGGUUGCUGUCCUCUCUCAAGUUAUUGGCAACACUUCUACUCCUCCAUUAACUACCCUAAGUCAUCGCUCUCUGCAAAACCAACCUCAGCCCAAUCCACAACAAGGGAAUAUUGAAAGAAGAAGACUCUACAGAGGAGUGAGGCAAAGACCAUGGGGAAAAUACGCAGCCGAAAUCCGUGACCCAAAAAAAGCUGCUCGAGUUUGGCUUGGCACUUUUGAAACUGCUGAGGCUGCUGCUAUUGCUUAUGAUGAAGCUGCUCUUAGAUUUAAAGGAAACAAAGCUAAGCUCAAUUUUCCCGAAAGGGUUUUAGCUAAAACUGAAUUUGGUUACCUUACUACUACUCCUCAAGAGCAAUUAAUUCCAGCUGCUAAUUUUCUCCCAACUUGUAAUUUCAAGCCUUUCUCUCAAUUACAACAUUACCCUAUAAAUGUUGAUCACUACGCCCAGCUGCUUCGCAGUGGCAAUAAUAAUGCUGACUCAUCAAGAUUUUAUCACACAUCAGGGUUCGACGGUGAAGCACUGAAUACGGCUGAAACAGCAAACUCAUGGUUAGAUCCGCCAUUGUCAAGUACUUUCAUUUCGGAAUCUUUGUCGAUGACAUCUUUGGUACAACAAGCAUCUCAUGUACAACAAGAACCAAGUAAUUAUCAGCAAGUCGACGAAAAUAUUCUCAGAUUUUCAUCUCAUUUUGGGAAUUCUUCAAGCUCAGGACCUAUUGAAAGUUGUAAUAAUUUGGAGGACGAUCCAAAGUAAUUCUUUCGACAACAUGAAGGUUUUUUGAAGAUGUUGUUACAAUCGGCGUAAGUUUUUUCUUAGUUCCAAGAUUUUGGUUUUGAAAGUGGCUUUUAAAAGUAAAAAAUAAUCAAGUGGCUGUUCUUUUUCGUUUGUCUUGCAAUCACUGCAUACUGCAUUGUUCUAUUAAUAAAUUCAGUUGCCAGUUGAAGAGGAACUAUAGUUAUGUACGUAUUAGUAAAUAAAUUUCACGUGGUUUAAUGCGCUUAACUCUUCUUCC